AGAAAGAGUAAGGCGAGAGAAAAUCAGUGAACGAAUGAAGUAUCUUCAGGAUCUUGUACCUGGUUGCAACAAGGUCACUGGUAAAGCUGUAAUGUUGGAUGAAAUCAUUAAUUAUGUACAAUCUCUGCAAAGACAGGUUGAGUUCCUCUCAAUGAAGCUUGCAACAGUAAACCCACAGUUAGAUUUUAAUCUUGACGGGCUCCUUGCAAAAGAUAUCCUCCAGUUGCAAGCAGGUCCUUCAUCCUCGCUUGUUUUUCCACCUGAUAAUAUGACCAUGCCUUAUACCUCUUUGCAUGCAUUGCAAUCCGGUCUGCUGCAAUCAGGUUUUCCUGGUGUGGGAAAUUGUACUGAUACAUUUCGUAGAUCCAUCAAUCCUCAUUUUGCUUCUAUGAGUGGAGGCUACAAGGAUCCUUCAUCUCAGGUACCUAAUAUUUGGGAUGACCAGCUACAUAAUGUUGUAGAGAUGGGAUUCAAUUCAAGCGCGCCCCUCGAUAGUCAGGAUAUAAGUAGUUCCCUGCCUCCCGGAGAGAUGAAAGCAGAAUCUUGAAAUAUUUCAAACACCAACCGGUUACGCUUUCUGUUUCUUUGGGGACUAAGGUGCAUAGGUUAUCUUUUCAUUUUUGGGGCUCAGAAAGUUAAAACAUUUGGGAAGUUAUAUCACAUUGAGAGCUCCUCAUAUUUCGAAUUCUGAGUUCAGUUGUAUAGCAAGUCCAGAAAAGUUUCUUUUUAUAUAAGCACUAUAUUAUUGGCUCCAAGGACCGAAGAUAUAUACACAUGAUCUAAAUUCUUCCAUCAAAAAGAGCAAAUGUGGGUUCAAGAAUUUAGGCGCUCGGCAUAGUAAGUGCAAAGGAGAUUAGUCAGGCAUUCAUGUUUAGUUUAAAUCUUGAAUCUUUGAGAUGAAAUGGUUGUGUUUCUCAAAUGUAUUGGAGGAAACCUGAAAAUUGUGUGCUUUGGAUGAAAGAAAAUCAAGUUCCAUUCUUUUCA